AUGUCGGCUGUCAACAAAUAUAAUGAGCUACCUCGCUCGAUUACGCGACCAUUGCAAUGUCCCUACGAGGGCACCACAUUACUCCAGACUUCGCGUCUCAACAAAGGAACCGCUUUUCCAGAUGAGGAACGACAAACUUUCGAUCUACACGGGCUACUGCCGCCUAAUAUCCAGACACUGGAUGAACAGGUGGAGCGCGCUUACCAGCAAUACAGCAGCCGGAGUGACGAUCUGGCCAAGAAUACGUUCAUGGCUAGUAUGAAGGCGCAAAACGAGGUGCUAUACUACAAGCUGCUGCAAACCCAUCUGAAGGAGAUGUUCAGUAUCAUCUACACUCCUACCGAGGGUGACGCCAUCGAAAACUACUCGCGACUGUUCAGGAAGCCCGAAGGAUGUUUCUUGAACAUUCGAGACCAAGGCUCCAUUGACAAUAUUCUGACGCAUUUCGGAAACGAGGCGGAUAUCGAUUAUAUCGUCGUCAGUGAUGGAGAGGAGAUCUUAGGAAUUGGGGAUCAAGGCGUUGGUGGAAUUCUUAUCUCCGUCGCCAAACUUGUGAUCACCACUCUCUGUGCUGGUAUUCAUCCGGCAAGACAACUUCCUGUGGUCCUCGACUGUGGAACAAACAACGAAGAGUUGCUGAAGGAUGAGUUGUAUCUGGGACUCCGUCAACGCCGAGCCCGAGGCAAGGAGUACGAUGAAUUCGUGGAUAACUUUGUUCGCGCAGCUCGCAAACGCUUCCCGAAUGCCUAUAUCCACUUUGAGGACUUCGGACUCGACAACGCGAAAAGAAUCCUAGACAGAUACCAAUCACAGAUUCCCUGUUUCAACGAUGAUAUCCAAGGCACUGGCUGUGUGACGCUAGCAGGCAUGAUGGCGGCUCUGCACCUGAGUCAGGUCCAGAUGAAGGAUGUUCGCGUGGUCAUCUUCGGCUCGGGUACAGCUGGGACGGGAAUAGCGGACCAGAUCGCGGAUACGAUUGCAACAGAGACUCACAGGCCCAAGAGCGAGGCUUCAAAGCAGAUCUGGUGCAUCGAUAAACCCGGUCUCCUCUUCAAGUCCAUGGCAGAGAAAUUGACUCCAGCCCAGACACCAUUCGCAAGAGAAGAUACAGAGUGGCCAUCCGAGAAGCAAAACGACCUCCUAUCCGUAAUUCAACAUGUCAAACCCCACGUCUUGAUCGGCACAUCCACAAAACCAAAGGCAUUCACGGAAGAAAUUAUCCGCGAAAUGGCCAAACACGUGGACCGACCCAUCAUCUUCCCAUUGAGCAAUCCCACUCGCCUCCACGAAGCCGAACCAAAGGAUCUCUAUAAGUGGACAGAUGGCCGCGCACUCGUUGCAACAGGCAGCCCCUUCCCGCCUGUGGAAUACGACGGCGUGAAGUACGAGAUUGCCGAAUGUAACAAUUCGACUUGUUUCCCGGGAAUCGGACUCGGCGCGGUUCUUUCCCGUACGCGGCUUGUUUCGAAGAAGAUGCUUGUUGCGGCGGUGGAGGCACUCAAGGCUCGUUCGCCUGCUUUGGAUGAUCCGAAUAAACCUCUCUUGCCUGAUGUGGAGGAUGUGCGGGAGAUCAGCGUUGAUAUUGCUGCUGCUGUGAUCAAGUGCUCGGUUAGAGAGGGCUUGGCGCAGGAAGAAGGAAUUCCUUCUGAGGAUGAUGAUCUUAGGGAAUGGAUUCGGGCACAGAUGUGGGAGGCUGCGUACCAGUCUUUGGUGAAGCCGGAAGCGUGA